AUGAUCUUGGAAUUGUGUACGCAGAUCUGUUCGGCUCUUGUGCACUCGAACCGGAAAUUCGCCUUCAUUAGCCGUCUGCCAUCAGUAGUUUUGCCAUUCGUUCGGCUUUUUCGACACGACCACCUCUGUUACGCUUUCGAGGCUGUCCUCAAGAUAGUCGACGAACGCUACGUGUUUUUGUUCGACUCCUACCCAAUGCCCCCGGAGAGAGCCCUCUCCACGGCUGCAAAUCUUCUCGCAUACUACGAUCACGGACUAUUCCGGCACUUCUUGACAACCGGACUCACUCCCGAGGUGAUGUCUAACGAUGUCUGCUGCACGCACCUGUAG